AUGAGUGACGUUGUAUGUUUCAGGUUGCAGUGCUGGAUACGCGAACACCUCAUGAAAACGACAAUAAUUGGCUGUGUGCUAUUCUUAGUAUUGUUGCUUGUUGCCCUCGCAAUCAUUCUACCUCUCACACUUUCUUCGCGUGCAAGCAAUGGCAGCAUAACGCCUAUACAAUCAAACCUUUCCACUACAAAUCACUCGACAACUCCCUCAACAACCACUGAACCGUUCAGUCCAGGCUAUUGCAUCGACAUCAGCACGCAAAUGUUCGAAAUCGAUAAUAUCACCGCACUGCAAUCUCUGCGACCGGAUCCCAGACAAUUCGGUGACUACAUUCUGACAGCUUCGGAUCAUGUGAUACUUUUGAGUGGCUGUCAACCGCAAAUGAUAUCGUUGGCAGAAUGGAGCAGUGGUGAGGGUAGUGUGCAGCGUUGUGCGGGUAAUAGUGUCACUGUUAUUGAGCACAGGACUGCUGCAGAUGAACAGUGCUCGAGAUGCGAUGUGCUCGAUGUUGCUGACAGCUGCCGUCAGAAUGUCGACGUCUGUUCGCAAUCGAGUUUUGCUUUUUGCUGUCGUGAUUGUGGCCCGAACUCACUGUCAAGUGCUACGUAUUGCUCGCUGCGGGGCUCACCUCUGAUCGAGAAUGAAUCGGUGUUUUUGGAUGCUCGCUUCACUCUCAACAACUCUACCUCAUAUUCACUUCUCUUCUCAACACUCUCAUACAACCAUCAAACUUUAUGUAUCCUUCAGCAGCAUGUCAUGCGUUAUGAAGGCGUGCAAGUCGCCGUUGUUCUCCUACCUACAGAAUCGUGUGAUGACUCUGUUCGUGACUUCGCAGGUUAUAUCGACGACUUUCAGAGUGUUUCUAUAACGAUGCUCAGUAAUGAAUGGUGGAAGGCAUUGUUGUUGGAUUCGGGUACUGUUUAUUUGUCGAAUUCAAACGGUAGCAUGCAUGUGCUAAGAGAUCUGGUCAACGGUACAAGUUCUAAACUGUUAAUGCAGCCGGAUCGGUGGAAUAACGUAUUGUUAGUGGAUUUUUGCAUGGAAACUGGACGAUUCUCAGCAAGUCGAGUCAAUUUGAAUCGCACUGACGCGCAUUAUGGAGAAUUGGAUAUUUUGGUACCGAGACAGAUAGCGAUCAGUGUUCCUGGCAAAUUUAUGGAUGCUUUCCUGGAUGAUGGGCAAUUGGUUUUGUGGAAUACGGUGGAAAAUGCGGUGUUUGUUACUAGAGUGAGAUUCAAGUGGACUUAA